AUGAAAUUCCAAGUUUCUGUUGCCGCUCUUUGCCUUCUGGUCGGCCAGACAUGGGCCGCCUGCAGACAGGUUUCAAACGAGGAGGGCGAUGCCUUGAGGGUCGUUGAGGAUUGCCCUUGGGACAGGUCGACCCAAACCACCUUCCGAUGCCCCACAAGCCAGGCCGCCGUCGACUCCACCUUCAGACUUAACAUCUUUGUCUUCACUUCUGUACCCCAAGAUCUUACUUUCAAGAUUACGGGCAUGUGGGAGACUAGCGAAACCUCUUCCUCGUACUUCUUCUGCUCUGCCGGAUCAAGCGAGGAGAGACUGCUGCCUGGAUAUGGACAGGUCUUGAGGAAGGUUGAAGUCGUCGCUUGA